ACGAAUCGCAUCUCUGUCAAAUGUUAAAUUCAAUUCUGUAACUUGAAUGUUCAUCACCAGAUGAUAAUUAAAAGUUAAUUGUUUGUUAUUUAUUUAAUUGUGGAAAUGAAAUUCUCAGAUGAUUCGAUUAAACAGCCACAAGGUAAUCGAACUUUUAAAUUAAUCUUCUGUGCUGGAGGCAUAUUCGCUUGUUAUGCUUACUAUGGUCUUCAGGAAAAAAUAACACGAUCCAAGUAUGGGCCUGAUGGAGAAAAGUUUGUCUACUCAAUGUGUUUGGUUCUCUGUCAAUGUCUUGUAAAUGCUGUUUUAGCUCAAAUACUUCUUUUAACUAUUAUGAGGCAAGGAAAGGACUCUACAAGAACCUCAUAUUAUGCCUCUGCAUCUCUCACCUAUCUCACGGCGAUGGUGUCAAGUAACAUGUCUUUACAACAUGUCAAUUAUCCCACUCAGGUGGUUGGCAAAUCGUGUAAACCGGUGCCCGUUAUGGUUCUUGGUGUUUUGGUCGGAAGGAAAAGAUAUCCCGUCUCUAAAUAUUUAUUUGUUUUAACGAUAGUCAUCGGUAUCAUCUUUUUCAUGUACAAAGAUAAACCUUCCAAUUCGCGCUCCGAUAAACCGCUUCUAGGAUGGGGAGAAAUACUCUUGUUGCUGUCGUUAACAUGUGAUGGUUUACUUGGAGCUAUUCAAGAAAGGAUGAAAAGUGACCACAAAACUCAAUCUUGUCACAUGAUGUUGAAUCUUAAUUUAUGGUCUAUACUUUACUCUACUUUAGCUGUGCUAAUCACCGGUGAAUGGUUUCAAUUUGUUAGUUUUAUUAACAGAUAUCCAUAUGUAAUUUACAAUAUUUUCUUAUUCACAGUCAUGAGUGCAAUCGGUCAGGUAUUCAUUUAUUUGACAGUAGCUGAUUUCGGACCUUUACCAUGUUCCAUUAUAACUACAGUCAGAAAGUUUUUCUCUGUCAUUGCUUCAGUCUUUCUCUUUGGUAAUGCUAUCACAGCUCGUCAAUGGUUCGGAUCUGCUCUUGUGUUCAUAGGCUUAGGUUUAGAUGCUUUUUACAGCAAAUCAGCUCCCAGGAAGAAGUGAUUCCCUUUCAUAAUCGUUAGCUUAUUGGCCAGCAGCUAAAUUCAGUUUUUAGGAAUUGGACGAUAAGCAAUUAAAUUGUAUUUCCUCGAUAUUCAACAAUCAAAUAGAAAGACUUUUAAAAUAAAUGAACGAGUUACUCAGAUCCAUGACAAAUACACAAUGUACAGAGCAAAUUUCAGCGGCCUCUCAUUACCAAAAAGGUUUAUUUCUUAUAAAAAAGGUGAACUAACCCUUUACCUUUUCCAAGCCCAAAGACACUAAUCCUCUAGGGAGAGACUAUUAAAUUGUUGUUGCUCUAAGUGAAAUCCUUACUGUAAUAUUAUUUAUUAAUAUGUGGAUGUGAAAAACAAAAAGAGCCAUUUCUAUGAUUGUGAAAUUUUUUCAAAAGUAAAUCGAAAAUCAUUUUCAUUGUUCAA